AAAGUCUGUGAUAAAGCUAUAGAACAAAAGCGCAAACAAUUUCUUUGUUUAAAUAAAUAUAUAGGUUCAUUCACAACAUAUACGUACAUACGUACGCAUUGCAUGCCCCAUAGGCAGCAGCGACAAAUUUACAAACAAAUUUUACAAAGGUCAUCAUUAAAUUGUUGUGCUUCGCAUUUUGGGGAUCGGGCUAACUGUCCCCCUACACAUACGCACUUAAAUACAUAUGCAUCGCUAUUAUCAGACGACGGCAGUCAGUUCGAUAUUAAGCCCAGUAGCGUACGCACAAUAUGAGGCUACAAAGCACGGCUUUAAUUUAUGCACUGAUCUAUCUAAUUUGUCUGCUGCGUGAGGGCCAAUGUUUCUGGCCAUUCAGCAAGAAGCCGAAACCGGGACCCACAAAACCGAGCCUAUCCCCCGUCAUAUUCGUGCCGGGCGAUGGCGGCAGUCAAAUGGAUGCACGUCUAAACAAAUCUCAGGUGCCGCACUUUUUAUGCCAAAAAACGGCUGAUUGGUUCAACUUGUGGCUGAACUUGGAGGAGCUGAUGAUACCCCUGGUUUACUGUUGGGUUGAUAAUAUCAAGUUGUACUAUGAUGCUGCCACACGCACAACACAUAACACACCAGGUGUAGAAAUUAAAAUACCAGGUUGGGGCAAUCCAGAGGUUGUAGAAUGGAUAGAUCCCACUCACAAUAAAGCAGGCGCCUACUUUAAGGACAUUGCCAAUUUGCUGGUCGAUUUAGGUUAUAUCAGAAAGGCAAAUAUCCAUGGGGCACCCUACGAUUUUCGUAAAGCGCCAAAUGAAAAUCAACAAUUCUUUAUCGAUUUGAAACAGCUGGUCGAGGACACAUAUGAGGCCAACAAUCGCACGGCUGUGACCUUUAUUAGUCAUAGCAUGGGCAGUCCCAUGACUCUAGUGUUCCUGCAACAGCAAACCCUGGAAUGGAAGCGUAAAUAUGUGCGUAGGCUGAUUAGUCUGGCUGGUGCCUGGGCGGGCAGCAUGAAGGCUGUCAAAGUGUUUGCCAUGGGCGAUGAUUUGGAUUCCAUUGUGCUGAGCACUAAAAUAUUGCGAGUCGAGCAAAUAACGAAUCCGUCUUCUGCUUGGCUGCUGCCCUCGCCGCUGUUUUGGAAGAGCUCUGAAGUAUUGGUGGAGACGCCAUCUCACAACUACACAAUGGCUAGCUUGGAAAAAUUCUUCGAAGCCAUUGAUUAUAAAACGGGUUGGGAGAUGCGUAAGGAUACUCUGCGCUAUACAGAGAAUUUCAGUCCUCCGGACGUCGAGCUGCAUUGUCUUUAUGGCGAUGGCGUUGACACAGUGGAAAAAUUGCAGUACAAAAAAGAUGAUAUUGCCGGCGAGACGCCCAAACUGAUAAUGGGUGUGGGCGAUGGCACUGUAAAUCAACGUUCCCUACGCGCCUGUCGCUAUUGGACAGGCGUCUCGAACGCCCCUAUAAAUGCCUUGGCAGUGCAGGGUGUCGACCAUAUGGGCAUUUUGUCGAGCUCUGUUGUUCUGGACUAUAUAGAAAACAUAAUGAAACAGCCUUAAACGAAUUCCUGCAAAUUUAAAACAACAAAAGUGUAGCUAAAGAUAAAUUUUCUAAUUGUCAAUCAUAAAAUCUGAUUUAAAAUAAGUGAAUUAAAUUGUAAAUGUAAAUUGA